AUGACCGCUACGGAGUUAGAGAAUACAACCAAAACUUUUAAAUUUUCUUUUCCAACAUGCACGAACGAAGAUCUGUUGUUCAAAUUAGAAGUUCCAGUGGAGAUACCUUACCCAGGCUCAACGAGGGAGCUGGUGCAAAGGAUAUUAAAAAUGUUCCAUAUUCCUGUAUAUUUGGAAGAUGAUCUUAAUGAGAAAUUGGCUGAUUUUGUAUCAGAAGAAACAAAAAACUUUCACCACAAUCGUGAUGCUGCACUGAUUGACCAAUUGAAGAACAAUGAACUAGAUUUGGAAGGUAUUAUCAAGAAUUGGGAGAAGCAAUUUAAAAAUGUAGUUGAUUUUGCUGAACAGAAAGGAUCUUCAGACGAGGAGGUGUUUGCUGCUGCUUAUCACAAGCUGGUGCACUCUCCGGCUCUGGAGACGAUACUACAAGUAGAGAGUGCUUACGCUAAGACUGUCAUGGAUAUGAUUCAGAACAGAGACGAGGACAUCAAGAAGCUUACCAAGAGGCAAACAGAAGAAAUGGAAGAAAAAAUCCGUCUUCUGAACACUUCAACUACUGAAGAGGAGAUCAACACAUUAGCAGCUAAACAUUUUGAAGCUCAGAGCCUUGCGACCGGGCGGUGGGACUCACAGCUUGAUGCCUUGAAACACACACAGAGAGCCGAGCACCGCGCCUGGCUCAUGAACGCUAUCAAUGAAUAUCAGACUGAGGAGAAAAUUACUCCCAGUAACUCCCCCCUGUGUUCGUACGCGUCCCUGCCCCCCGCGCCCUCCGCCCCCGCCGCCCUGCUGGAGGAGAGCUUCACCAUCCACCUCGGCUCUCAGCUCAAACAGACACACAACAUCAGGCUCGUGUGUGCUGACAUGUUGGACCUGUGUGCGAGGGACCGGGCUGACGGUGGCGUGUCUCUGAGUCUGUACUCGAGCGAGUUGUCCGGCGCGGUGUUGGUGUGCGAGGCUCGUCCAUCCCGAUCCCCCUUGACCAGCCUCCCGCGAGUCACCGACCAUCACUUCCCCGACCUGCACGACCAGCUCCGGCGAAUAGAGGAGGCCGUCGCCGAGCCGGCCGAGGCGCGCAACAGGAGCCGGUCGGAGCGCGAGUCCCGGCGGCGCGCGCUGCGUGCGGGGGACGUGUUCGUGACGCGGCACAGCGACCUGGCGCAGCACGUGGUGUUCCACCUGGUGGCCGACGAGGACGAGCUGCGGUCGGCCGAGCUGAGCUCGCGGCACCGCGCGCUGCUGGGCCUGCGGGAGGUGCUGCUGGCCGCGCACAGGAACGACGUGAGCAGCGUGGCGCUGCCGCUGCUGCUGCGGCGCGAGCUGGGCGAGGACGCCACGGCCGCCUGGUGCCUGCGCCGCGCUGAGCUCGUGCUCAAGUGCGUCAAGGGGUUCGUGCUGGAGGCGAGCGCGGCGGGCGGCGCGCGCCUCACCACGCUCACGGCCGCCGUGCCAAAGGACGCGCGCGCUCUCUUCCCCGCGCUGGCCGCGCUGCUGCCCGCCGUGUUCAGGGUGGCCGGCCCGCUGAGACCCAGGCUGCCCUCCGGACCGGUCUAG